ACUUCUCAUUCUUUUGAGUUAUUCCUUUAAGCUCUGUACGCCCAAAACACUCAAACACAUGGGUUACUCUGAUACAUUCCAACAACAGUCUGAUGACUUUGAUUCCACCUUCAAGUGGGGACUUGCAGCAUCCAUUAUUUUGAGUAUAAUUUCAACUAUAGCAUUUAUAGCUAUAGUCUUUGCCAUCAUUGACUGCUUGAAGAAAGCAACGAGUGUAAUUCCAGAUUAUGCCCGGCUAGCUACCACUGAGAAAUCUGCCAAGCAAGAAUCUCUAGGUAACCAAGUGGCCAUAACAAUAACAGAGCAAGAAUUCCCUGUGAUUCCUGACACACAAGUUCAAUUUGCCACAAUGGAGAGAUUCCUUAGCAACAUUGCCAAAGAGAAGCCCAUUAGGUUUUCACCAAAGCAGAUUGAAGAAUUCACCAAUAAUUGUUCUACAAUACUGGGUUCAGGGGCUUAUGGAGUAGUCUUUAAAGGAGAAUUCCCAAAUGAAGUGCCUGUAGCUGUCAAAGUCCUCACCAACCAUUCCAGUAAUAAGAAAAUGGAAGAACAGUUCAUGGCAGAAGUAGGCACCAUAGGAAGAACAUAUCAUGCCAAUCUGGUUAGACUCUAUGGCUUUUGCUUUGAUCCUUCUAUGAUGGCUCUUGUUUAUGAGUACAUGGAGAAUGGAUCUCUCAACAAAUUGUUGUUUGACGAAAUGCGAGGAAUUGAGUGGCAGAAGCUGCAUGAGAUUGCGAUUGGAACUGCAAAAGCUAUAGCCUAUUUGCAUGAGGACUGCGAUCAAAGGAUUAUUCACUACGAUAUAAAACCUGAAAACAUACUUCUUGAUCAGUUUUUGAAUCCCAAGGUUGCAGAUUUUGGAUUAGCAAAGUUAUGCAAUAGAGAGAGUAGUAAGGUAGCAUUAAGUGGAGGUAGAGGAACGCUCGGAUACUCUGCCCCAGAGGUGUGGCAUCGAAAUCAUCCAGUAACACACAAGUGCGAUGUUUACAGUUAUGGAAUUAUGCUAUUUGAAAUCGUUGGAAGGAGAAGACACUUUGAUGCUAAUCUCAGUGAGUCUCGUCAAUGGCUUCCAAGAUGGACUUGGGAUAUGUACAAGAAUAAUGAACUAGAAUUGAUGUUGUCUCUUUGUGGGAUUGAACAGAAGCAUAAAGAGAAAGCAAAGAGGAUGGCUAUUGUGGCUCUGCAAUGCGUUCAACAUUCACCUGAUGCAAGACCUGCAAUGAGCGAUGUGGUGAAGAUGCUGGAGGGAAGCAUAGAAAUAUUGCAGCAACCUUCAAAUCCAUUUGAGUAUUUGGAAUCAUUUGGACCAAAUAUUGGAUUGCUCUUUGGAAAUGAUGAAGACUCCAGCUCUGUUUCAAGAAGGCAUAUUUCUGAGCCGCCUUAUCUCGUACCUAGACGAGGAAUGGAAAUUGAGUUAGCCAGUUGUUAAUUUUUUUUUUGGGUGUAAAUAAUAAAGUUACAAAUUUAAAACUCA